AUGAAAAGUUUUAUUUUUAUUUUAUUUGUCUUACUUCAUAUUUUCAAUGAACUGGAAGCACAAAACUGUAGUCGAGGGAGAAUACCUGGCAUAAUUAAUGUUUGUAGACAAACAGGAAGACGUAACUGUGUCGGUGUAAGUAGUGGAAAUACUUGUGUUAAUCUUAAUGGUGGACCAUUCGUGUCUGGAUUCACAUCUGGAAAUUUCCAAUGCACAAUUCAUUCCGACAGAGGCUGCCGUGGACGUUCAGAAAGAGUGACCAGAAUUGGAUCGAACAGAUUCUCAAUAACUCCACGUUCAUUUCGAUGUCCAUGCGUUUGA